AGUAAUUAUUAUAUUGAAUUACCUAUAUGUUUUACACACACACAGACACACACACACAGUUAGGUAUAUUGUAUAAAUAAUGAUUUAUAUUAAAAAAAAUAUAUUUUUUUCUGACGUACAUCAUUAUACGACCCAUGACUAUACCAGUUAAUUGUGUCUCGGGACUUGUACAAAACAAUAAUGCGACCUUCAUCACAUUUUCGUUCGUUGCAUAGUACAUAUACAGCUUUACAAAUUUUAUAUAAUAGACGUGAAGAAUCUAACAAAGAUCAAUGCCCGUCAUCGUGUCAAGAAGAUAUAGAAGACAUAGAUAUCAUAAAACAAAGCUGCGAAAUCCUAGAAAAACUUCAAAAACUGAUAAAGAACUUGACAGAGAAAUGAUGCAAUUGCUCGGAAAUAUCGGAUCUUUCAGAAAUUUCGGAAAUGGAAACCCAAAUGCCAUAGGUCGAGCUCUCGAUUGGAUAUCCGAAUAUGUUGAUUGUCUAAUGUGUGGAUCAUUUCUGGUUGAGAUGUCAAAUCAGGCUUGCUGUAAACGUUGUUUUGAAAUGUGGAUGUUUAUGGAUGAUGGUAGAAGAUGUCCUUUUUGUGGACUACAGCUUAAAGACAUGCUGAACAGGGGACAAGUGGAUAUACUUUGCGCUCUUGUGGAGUUGGAAAAGAAAAAAUUGACUGUUAACGGGCACUAUACUGAAGAUCUCGUUAAAUAUCGGAUUGAGAGCUGUAAUAUGAACAUUCCAAAUUAAUACAUAUUCUCUAAAACUUACAAAUUUCAUAUUUCAUAAAUGCAGAAUCACAAAUAGUUAAAUCAUUAUAAUUAACUUAAAGCUUAAAUUUUUUUAAAUAAAGGAAUAUUUACCUACUAAAAUGCUAAUGAGAUAAAUAUAUUGAAGAAAAGAAGUUUUUGUGCACAAUAAUUGUAGAUGUUAAAAUGUGACUGCCUGAAUAUGAAUACAUUUCCUACAUCUUUAGACUGUAGUUACUUUUUAAUAAUAUUUUUAAACACUUUUUAUUAAGCAACUUAUAAAGUUUUUAAUUUAUAUUGACAGUUUAUUGUAAUUUUUAAUACAAAAUAAUUUAGUUUAUAGUACAAAUUAUUCUAUUAUUUCUUAUUAAUAAGGAAAAUUAAGGUAAAUAAGACUUAGUAGUUUACAUAGAAUGCCAAGAUUUCUUUUUUUUAUGAUACUCAUAUAUACACAAAUAUCAGCUUUUAAAUACUAACU